UGUAUAUAAAGAUGUAUGGGGGGAAGAGUUUAAAAUCUUGAGUUUUACAACAGCAACCUCAAAAUAUAAUUUCAUUCAUAAAAAAGAUAACCACUCGUUUGCAUUGCAUCUAUCUAAUAUCUAUUAUUGUUGUUCAAAAUAAAAUAGUAAACGGCAACGAUGAUAGCAACGUCGUUCGAUGUCUCCGCCGUUUGCUUCCAUUCAUGCCCUCCAAUUCUACGGAAGAACAUAACAAGAUUUUCGUUUAUAAAAUCUAAUUCCAACAUUAACAUGGAACACAGAACCGUUGUUGUUCAACCAAAGUUUUCAAAUUUCCGCACGAUGUGUAGUUUAAAAGGGAAUUUGGAGGACACUAUUGUUGGUGUUCCAACUUCAGUGCCAGUGCGUGUAGCACACGAGCUUUUUCUAGCUGGUCAUAAGUAUUUGGAUGUAAGGACCCCUGAAGAGUUUAAUGCUGGACAUGCUCCUGGUGCAAUUAACAUACCUUAUAUGUAUAGAGUUGGAUCAGGGAUGACAAAGAACAGCAAUUUUGUUAAAGAGGUCUCCUCACAAUUUAGAAAAGAAGAUGAAAUUAUUGUUGGAUGUCAGCUUGGUAAAAGGUCUAUGAUGGCUGCCACUGACUUGUUAGCUUCUGGAUUCACUGGACUCACAGACAUAGCUGGUGGUUAUGCUUCAUGGACCCAAAAUGGACUUCCUACAGAACAAUGAAGUAUUCUGAUUGGACCUGAAACUGUAUAUAGAAUAAUAAGUAUAAGUAUUCUGGUUGGAUCAUGUAAAUGCAUAAAAAGGAAGGUUGUGGGUGGAAUGAUUUUAUAUAUUUAGAUAUCAACAAUUAAUAAACUUUAUUUAUCAA